AAUGGCGCAGGCGGCCGGUGCCGAGGGGCAACGUUGAGGAGCUGUGGCGGGAGGUGUUUCUGGUACCUGGCGAGGGGCUGCGGGCUCUGGGCGCUGUCCUCCGCCUUCUGCGCUCGGGGGGACGGAGCAGGAUGUAUACUCUGCUGUCCGGGCUCUAUAAAUACAUGUUCCAGAGGGAUGAGUACUGCAUCUUGAUCCUUGGUUUGGACAAUGCUGGUAAAACCACCUUCCUUGAACAAACUAAAACUCGAUUUAACAAGAACUACAAAGGGAUGAGUUUGUCCAAAAUCACAACCACUGUAGGCUUAAACAUUGGUACUAUUGAUGUUGGCAAAACUCGGCUCAUGUUCUGGGAUCUUGGCGGACAGGAGGAACUGCAGUCUCUUUGGGACAAGUAUUAUGCUGAAUCUCACGGAGUGAUCUAUGUUAUUGACUCCACUGAUGAGGAGAGGCUCUCAGAAUCUAAAAGAGCUUUUGAGAAGAUGAUUACCAGCGAAGCUCUGGAAGGGGUUCCCAUCCUGGUGUUGGCUAACAAGCAGGAUGUAGAGACUUGUCUGUCAAUACCUGACAUCAAGACAGCGUUCAGUGAUUGCAUUAACAAAAUUGGGAAGAGAGACUGCCUGACACAAGCUUGCUCUGCUCUUACUGGCAAAGGAGUUAACGAGGGAAUUGAAUGGAUGGUGAAGUGCGUGGUGAGGAAUAUUCACCGGCCUCCAAGAAAGAAGGACAUCACGUAAGAAAUUCAAGUCAGCGAGGGAAUGGACAUCUCUUUCCACACAGUUUUGUGUUCCCUUUACAGAAGGUGGUCCACUGGAUUCCUAUUACACCUGAUUCUUUCCUGAGUUUGGAGACAAACAUUCUCUUUCUGCGUCUAAAAAACUUGAGCAAAGGAUUCCAACUGGGUUGGGGGUGGGAAUCUUUUACAUUAAGUAUUAAGCCGUUGGCCUGAGAGCAUAGACCAAGUGGCAAUCUACACUUUGUUGCAGAUGCAGAGGACUUAAUUUUCUACUGUAUUACUUUGUGAUUCUUGGUUUGUUAGUCUAACAGGCUAGAGGCCAGUGACAUGAAGGAACUCCUGAAGGAACUGUGUAAGUGAAUAUGAAAGGGGAGGGAGAGCCUGGGAAAUGGCUGUCCCUUCUAACUGAGAAGAUACCUUGCUGCUCCAGCCCCAUGGUUGCUGUAGGUGGUAUUACUGGCCCUGUUAUGCUGCUGUUUGUGUAAUGGGGAGGGACACCCUUGAUUAUAGCUCAGUUUUCAGUUGGCACGUUGAUUCGUAACUUUUACUUGUGAUAAGUGCAGAUAUGGAAGCCAGCAACUGCACAAUAAGUACACUGUUUAAAAUGGGUGUUCUUAAUAGGAUGCGAACUCCAGAAGCACUGCCUUGCUUGGACUGCCAGUCUCUCUGUUGUGCAUUCUUUUUAAUCAUAAGAAUAAUGGGUAUCUUCUGUAACUGGAAUGAAUUGAGGCCCUAUCUGUGAUCUUUCUAGGCCAAAAGCUGAACCUCUAGGCAGGGAGAAAUCAGUAUGCAAUAAAGCUUCCUACUUCUUUGAACUUCA